AUGUCUCCACAAGACCCUGUGUAUUCACAAAACGAUCCACUGUUGGUAGGCAAUUCAAAUAGAUCACAAUCAAGUGAUCCUUGGAAGACCAUUGCUAAGAUAGCUACAGUAGUCAUUGGAAUCCUGUUCGUAACAUCGCCAAUUGUUUUCGGAGUUUCCGGAGUUGCUGAGAAAAAUAAAGAAAGCAAACACGGUUCUCUUGCGAAUCAAACAUCUGCGAAUAAUGCAACGGAAGAAAAUACCCCUAAGAAUUAUUCGACAUCAUUCACAGAAACGAAAAAGUCUAUUAUAUUGAAUCAAAAAACGGAUGGAACAGUCACAGAAUACGCAACAUUUGAGUACAACGUUACAAGCGACGAGUACUCACGGCUCAACAAUGAUGGGACAAAAAUUCAACCAUGGCUCGUGAAGAAUAUGGAACGAAAGGUCAAGUUUUAUUACUUCAAAGGUUUCCCCGUUAGAAAGACUGAAUUUAUACACAAGAUAAAACCAAAUGAGGACGGAUUGAUUUAUUGGAAAUUCGAAUUGGUGGACUCUUCUGAAAUGUAUGUAGAUGAAGUAGCGAUGACCAUGUAUAAAAUGUAUAAAAUUAUCGACAAUAAAGGAAAAGCAGAAAUGUGUACCGAUGAUUCUCUAAAGAACUGCUCGGAUAUUCCGAAAGAUGACGAAUUGAUGAUUCUUAAUCCAAAAUUCAAAACGUUUUUCAUUGGUAUGAAGAUGUCCAAAAGAGAAGAUUUUACUGACACAUAUUGGUUUGACACAAGCGAGAUGGGCAGUUUUUCUGUAAAAGUCAGUUCACAAAAUCAAAAUUUCCGGCAAACCGGCUUGGUUGAUAUGACACUAUUCUACUUUCAAUAAAAGUAUUAUUUUCAAAAAAACGAUUGGUUACCCAUCUAUACAAAGAAACGGGAGACAUAAUUCAUUUGGCUCCACGUGUAUCAGAUGAAUAUGAUCAUGGGUUAAAAUUUGUAGUUGGACAGAACCACUUUGUCAUGGGCGAACAUUAUAAUAAGGUUACGUUCAAACCUUGGUCCGUGAAAAAUUUCGCAAUGGAAAAGGAGUUUCCAUCGGGGAUCGGCUAUUUACAGAAGAUAAUUCCGGAUCAGGAUGCUUGGAUCUACUGGAACAUAAAUAUGCAUGAUGAUAAAAAACAAUUGAUACAUUUAAAAAUUGAAAUAUUACAAAUGCAAGAGCUUGUCAAUCAUGGAGGAUUAGCUGAAUUCUGUCCAAAUUCUUUAGAAAACUGCAUGGAUAUUCCGAGCAAUGGUAGCUUACAAUUUGAGAAACCACCAUUUGAUAAAUUCUUCAUUGGUAUUAAGAUGCUCAACAACAUGACAACUAAUCAUACCAAUCUGCCAAAGAUAGACGAUAUGGGCAGUUUUAAUGCUAGCGGUCAUUGGAAACUACUUCGUCGUUAUGAAGAAUUUGAUACACAAAGGCAGCCCAUCCAAUUAAUUCCGGAAUCGGGAAAAAACUAUAUAAAAUUCACUUACGACGUUAUCAACAAUGUCUAUUCGCAUAAUAAUGCCGAUGGAUCAGACGUCUCGCCUAGGGAGCUUCAGUAUAUUGAAAGAAUAGUACACGAAGGCAACAAUGAAGCAUUCAUACAGCCAGACUAUCCUGAAGAGGUGAAUGGUGGUCAUAUACAUUGGAUGUUCAGAUUGAAAAACAAUGGGAAAUCCGUCAAAAAAGUGGUGAUCAAAAUGGCGGGAGUAGAUGAUAUUUUGAAGGAAAACGCAGGAAUUAUUGAAGCUUGUUCAAACUAUUACAUAAAUUGCACAAAUAUUCCGACAAACAAGAGUUUGAUAAUGGAGUAUCCAGUGGAUAUGCUAUACAUAAGUGUUAUUCUUUCUGAUAAUAUACGACUAUUUAAAACCGAUGUCAAUGAUAGAAAAACUGUGGAAACGUUUUUAAUUGAAGUUUACUGGCAAGACACUCCUGAAACUUCCACAGCAACUACAACUGUCUCUGAAAUGUCAGCAACGCCUAGAAGCAUUGGUACAACUACACCUUCAAAUGACACUGAAUCUCAUCAAGAUGUAGUCUCAACGCAAUUACUAACAUGGCGGCAACAGCAUAUCGCUUUGGGACCAAUAUCCAGAGAAAAUCAUGUGAAAUUCACCUACGAUGUCAUGAGGGACAUGUAUUCGCACACUAAGCCGAAUGGAUCUUCAUAUGUUCCGUACAAUGUUGAAAAUAUUGAACGAGUAGUGGAUAAACGAUUGAAUCAAGUUUAUUUACAUAGGAACGAUUUAACAAAAUAUACUUAUAUAAGUUGGGUAUUCGAUAUGACGAUCGAUGGGAAAGUAGUAGUCAAAUUGACAAUUAAAGUAAGCGGAAUGGAAAAACGUGCCAGUAGAGGGAAAUUAGAAAUUUGUCGAAUUUAUGGAUACGAGAAGUGCACAGCGAUUCCUAUUGACGAAGGAUUUACGAUUGAGUAUCCUCAAUUCUCUGUUUUCAAGAUUGAAUACUACUACAACGCGCUCAGCGAUCCGAAAAAUAAUCCAGAUACAAUACUUUUCAAAACCAAAUUGAAGGAAGGACUCAACGUGGAAAGUCUCUCAGUCGAAGUCAACUGGAAGCCCAAAGGACCACUCGCCAACCAAACUACACUGUCAACCUAA